CAUCAAGCAACGAUAGCAUUGUACGAGUACGCAUUUCAAGCAACUACUGAAUAUCGCAAAGUGUAAAAUAACGUUUAAUCAGAAUUGAUAAAAGUGCUAAAAGUUUUAAGUUAAAAGUAUUUGAAAAAAAAAAUCAGUGAAAAUGUCACGUAUGCCAAUCAUCUUCCGGAACUGGUGGGACGAUUGCUGGGACGUGCCAUUGAGAAGCUCCCAGCUCUUGGAUCAACAUUUCGGUAGCGGAAUUAGUGCCGACGAUUUGUUAACUGCUCUCACUUCCGCUGCUGCUGUUCAAUCGGCUCUUCAGAACCAGCGUUCGACUCGUUACAAUCGACCCUGGCGCCAUUGUAACCCAGCCUGCCGUCAAGAUUCCGGAUCCACCGUCGGCGUUCGUGAGGAUAAAUUUCAAAUUAAUUUAGACGUUCAACAGUUUGCUCCGGAAGAAAUUUCAGUUAAAGUGGCAGCUAAUAACAGCAUUGUCGUUGAAGGCAAACACGAGGAGAAACAGGACGAGCAUGGAUAUGUGUCGAGACAUUUUGUGAGAAGGUACAUUCUUCCGCAUGAUCACGAUCCGGAAGGCAUUGUGUCGUCACUUUCAUCGGAUGGAAUUUUGACGAUUUCGGCUCCCAAGAAAACAUUGCCGGAACCAGAAAAAGAACGAACAAUUCAGAUUGUGCACACGGGACAACCUAUGAAGAAAAUCGCUCAGGAAAAGACGGAAGAACAGAACGGUAAUGAAGCUAAUGGAAAAUAAUGCGUAGUUGUGAAAGUCCUAUUAGUUUAAGUUUGUUUUAAGUUUCACAGCAAUAAAAGUCACUUAGAUUAAAAAAUUUCGCUCAAUAAUUUCGCGGCCAGUUUGAAGAAUCAUGGGCCACUUUUUUUCGUUGUUCCAUAACUUCUUUAUUAUAAAAGAUAAAAUGAAAAUAAAAAAUGAUAUAGUUUUUUACAUUUUCAAGGUAUCAUAAGGUAUUUUUUUAUAAUUUUUAAUAAGUUAUUCUCCCCAAAUUCUGACUGUUUGAAAAAAGCGAUGUUUUUUUUGGAUUUUAAAAAAUGGUGGGGAAUCGUGGGCCACCAAAUCCAAUUUGACCAAAUAACAUGCAAAGUUUAUGAGUUGACCCAAAACUGUGAUUUCCUAAUUCAUUUCGUUAUUUUAAAGCAAUUUCCGAUGAUGAAAUAAAAAAGAGAACUGUGUAUGAUCGCAUAGAUUCCAAAACCUGGCUCGCGAACGUUUUUGCAAAAUUUCUAAUAUAGGAUGGACAAAAUAUUUUUCAUAACUUUUCAUUUGUCAUAAGAAAAAAUUUCAGAUAGGAAAAACGUAUUUUAAGUUCUGAAUGUGUAUAAAAACAUAA